UUUGUUCACCGACACGAACUCCAUUCACUUAUGGGCAUGCCAUCCUCCGCCCAUUUUUGCGGGAUCGUCGGAAAUGUUCGGAUAUAUAAGGGCGUAAACGGUUCGAUUGAGGUAUCAGUUAUUCAGCUGUUUUCAUCCUAACAACAACUCUCAACAUGAAGUUCCUCAUCCUGGCCGUCUGCGUUGCUGUUGCCUCAGCCAACACUGCUUACCCGUCUCCGGCUUAUCCAGCCCCAGCCUACCCGUCUCCAGCUUACAAACCGGAAUCUUACCCUCCCCAGCCUUACAGCUUUGCUUGGGGAGUGAAUGAUGCUCAAUCCUACAACAACUACGCCCAUUCUGAGAGCAGCGAUGGCAAAGUGACCACUGGAUCAUACCGCGUCGCACUGCCCGAUGGCCGCACUCAGAUCGUUAACUACAAAGCUGACAGUUACGGAUACGUCGCUGACGUCAAAUACGAGGGACAGGCCAAAUACCCUGAAUACAAACCAGCUGCUGCUUAUCCUGCCCCAGCUUACAAAGCUCCAGCAUAUCCUGCUCCGGCUUACCCUGCUCCUGCCUACAAAGCCCCAGCUAAAUACUGAAAGACUAACUAAAUUUCAAUUCGAUUUUCGAAAAGACAUAUUAUUUUUUAUUCCCGUAUAUUUGUAAAUGACGUAUGUGUUGUUUGUGUGAACGAAAUAAAAUGUGUACAAGAUUUA